CCCAUGAUCCUCCAUUGCUUAUCACCUGCACUCACUUCACAAUCACUCCACACUAAUCACCACACCCAGCUGCCACACAUUACCUGGACUAUAAAAGACUCAUACACACACCACCUCACCGCGAAGUCUUGUUGCCUCUGUGUACAAUUCCAAGCGUUUAUCUUGUCUGCCUGUCUGUUUCCCGUCUACGAUCCUGUGCCGCCUGUCCUGACCUUUGCCUUGUCUGCUGUUCUACAUUGGCUACUUCAAGAAGGACUGAAAUUUCAUGCUGGCUCCCAAUUUUCUCGGCUGGGCAAACCGUGGACAUAAAUGCCUAGAACAGAGAAGACCAAUGUGAUGCAUCUGCACGAGAGGAAAAUCACUCGACUAAGAUGGGUAAUAAGCAAACGAUAUUUACUGAUGAACAGCUAGACGCCUAUCAGGACUGCACCUUCUUCACCCGCAAAGAGAUUCUUCGCUUGCAUGGAAGAUACCACGAGCUGGCUCCACAUUUGGUUCCAAUGGACUACACCAAUGACCCUGAUGUUAAAGUCCCUUUAGCUCUCAUAGUCAACAUGCCGGAACUGAAGGAGAAUCCAUUCAGGAAUCGGAUUGUGGAAUCGUUCUCCGAAGAUGGCCAGGGGAACCUCAGCUUCAACGACUUUGUGGACAUGUUUUCGGUUCUCAGCGAAAUGGCUCCAAGAGAACUGAAAGCCAUUUAUGCUUUUAAAAUAUAUGACUUCAAUGUGGAUAAUUACAUCUGCAAAGAGGACUUAGAAAAGACUCUAAACAAGUUAACGAAGGAGGAGUUAACACCAGAGGAGGUUAAUCUGGUGUGUGAGAAGGCCAUUGAGGAGGCCGACCUGGAUGGAGACAGCAAGCUCUCCUUUGCUGACUUUGAGAACAUGAUCUCCAGGGCUCCUGACUUUUUAAGGCCUUUUUGGACUGCACAGCUGUGCCUCACAGACCACAUGAUUGAGAGGGGCAGGAAGGUUUUGUACCAUCAUUUGGAGACCUGGAGGCCAAAAAAUCUCGAAUUGCUUUCAGCAGCUGUCAGUCAAAGAGGCAAUUACUUUCUUGAGCACUCAUAGAAAGUUAAUGCUUUUAGCAUUCUGCUGACUGUACUUUUUGUUACUUUUGUUUAAGCACAUUUAAAAAUAACAGAAGUUGAAACCAAAGUGCUGUACAGGUAGAGUAAAACAGAUUUAAAGACUAGACAAAUAAUAAUAUAAAAACCAAAUGGACAAAUGAAAAUUAUACACCCUCAAAAGGAAUUAAAUCAUAAAGAAUAAAAAUGUGUCUUUAAAGAGGAUUUAAGAUCAAAUAUUGAGGGGAAGACAAUUCCAGAGCCUGGGAGCAGCCACCGAAAAAGCCCGGUCACCUUUAGCUUUAAAACGUGAACGAGGGAAGGAGGGGGGUAAUUGACUAGAUGAUGAAGAGAUCUUGAGGCAGUAUACGGGGUGAGGAGAUCACAUAUAUACUGGGGAACAAGUCCAUGCAAAGCUUUAAUAACAUAGUGCAGAAUUUUAAAAUCAACUCAGACCGGUAGCCAGUGUAGAGAGGCGAGUACAGGAGUAAUGUGCUCACGUUUUCUAGUGCCAGUCAAUAAUCUGGCUGCCGCAUUUUGCACCAAUUGUAAACCAUCUAAAGUAGGUUUAGGCAAACCCAGAUCGAGGGAAUUACAAUUUCAAGAUUUCAAGGGAAAUUUCAAGGUCCUUUUUAGAAAGCAUCUUCUUGAUUUUAGCAGUCUUAAUGGAAAGAACUGCUUUUUACAACAGCAUUAAUCUGCUUGUCAAAACACAAAGAUGGAUCAAAGAUAAAACCAAGGUUUCUGACAGUCGUGCACAUUGGUAGAGAAGCUGAUUGAUAAUGCCAGAAGUCAUAACUGAUGGGCCAAAGAUGAUUAUCUCAGUUGUAUUGCUAGUUAAUUGUAAAAAAAAAUCAUGUCCAUCCAGCAUUUAAUGUCCUGAAGACAUUCAAACAGAUUAGACACAGAACAGCUGUUAUUUAACAAGAAGAUGAAGCUAAGUGCAUAGAAAUUAUAUGAUAAGUUGUGUUUCUGGAAAAUAUGGUCUAGGGGAAUCAUAUUUAAAGGAACACUCCACUUUUUUUGAAAACA